AGAGCUUGAAAUUCCAAUAGAAUAAUCUUAUGGUUGCAGAUGGUUAAAAUCAUAUUGACCACCCUUUCACAAUGUCUCUUCCUUCUCUUUGACCAUGUGUGGGUCUCCUAUUUAAGACUUAAAUAGUUCAAGUUCCCUUCCACGUCCAAGCAAUUCUUUUUUUCUCAGAAAAAGGUCGAAAAGGUUUAGUUGACAAAUACUCUGAAUGAUUGAAACAUGAAAAGGGGGUGGGUCUGGUCGGUGAGGGUCCUGUGGAAGUUGGGACGACGACGUGGGGGGAGCGUCGUCCAAAGAGAGUAUGGGAGUCUGGUUGGGGUGGAAGAAGUCUGCAGCAUAUCUUGUCCUCCUGUCUGUGAUUUGUGAAGAUCCCAAACCUCCCUCUCAAGUUUUAUUCCAUCAUUCAAUGGAAACUCUGUAAAGUACCAACCAGACGGCCUGAGAGUUAAGGAAGUCUUCUGUCUGUGGAUCAAUCGAGUCCAAGAAUCUCUUUCCUUUAAGCAAACUUUCACUAACUUCAUUGGUUGCAAGCAAUUCGAUUCGAUUCGAUUCUCCUUUUUCUGUGUCUUUCUGUUUUCUUUAACUCUUCUCUUUCUUCUCUUUAAUUCAAUUUUGGGAUUGCUGCUUUGAGAAUUGAGAGCCCUGCAUUACCUUCCUAAAUGCGGGGUCUAUCCUCUUGAGUUAGAAAUAGAAUACAAUGGCGAUCACACAUGCGGAUCUCGCCCCAGGUCCUCGAAGCACAGAGCUUGGCAGCAAAACCGGUACUUCUGUUAUGAUCCUGUCUAUUCUCGUUGGUCUUAUGAGCUUCGUUCUAUGCCUCGUCGCCGAGACAACAAGAUCAGAGGUGACAUGGGCUUUGAAUGUGAAAGAUGGGAGAAAAGGAGGAGAAAGUUAUGAAUGCGUGUACAGUGGGAGUGGGAAGAUACCAUUGUUGUGUGGGGUUGGUGCCUUUCUUGGGCUCGCCAUUGCCGUCAUCGUUCAAUAUGCUUACCUGAUCAUCGCUGUUAGCAGGUCUACCCCUCCCCCUUUGAUUGCUUGGGACCCUGAUUCUCGCUCUUCCAAGUCCAUUGCUUGCCAAGCCGGCGUCCUCUUUCUCACUACCUGGGUAUGCUUCGCGGUGGGGGAGGUGCUAUUGCUGAUAGGACUGAGUGUGGAAUCGGGGCAUCUGAAGAAGUGGUGGAGGCCAAGACCGAGUUGCCUCAUCGUUGGGCCGGGUUUAUAUUCCGCCGCUGGAGUAUUCGGACUCACGACCGUAUUCCUUGCUUCGGGUCUAUACCUCACGGCUCUACGUGCACUUAAGAUGCGCCAAGAGGAAGACAACGUACGCCACGAGGUACUUAACACAUCCAUCCUUUUUGGAUCUCCACCACGAUCACCUCCUCAUCGAAUCACAGAUCAUCCACGUGUAUGGCAACAAGACACUGAUCGACAGCUACCGUCCCCUGGGACUGGGACCGGGACUGGAACUGCAACUGUGGAUCCCCCUUCAUUUGCUUCUCUCCUUCCAGCUGAUCUAAGACCACCCUCCUCCGACAAGUCGAUCUUUUAGAUCACCUUGGGAGUUACCGCAUCCAAGACGAGUCGCGCACAAUCCGUGAUACGCACACCAGCCUGCCUGCCAGACUUCCUCGAGGCGGCGAGGCUUAGAGUGAAAAUAUAAAUGGCUUCUAAAUUGUAUGUGUAUCAAGUAAGUUAGUUGAUUUAAUUUUGUUAAUUAUUAUUUAUUUUAACCCUUAGAUUUGAAAGAUUGAUUAAUUUUGUAAAUAUUUUCAUAUUUUUUAAGGAAAAAAAAAUCUCAAACAAAACUAAU